AUGGCAAAGGGAGAAGGCUCUGCGAUUGGCAUCGACCUCGGCACGGCCUACAGCUGCGUGGGUGUGUGGCAGCACGAUCGCGUUGAGAUCAUCGCCAACGACCAGGGCAACCGCACCACCCCGUCAUACGUGGCAUUCACUGACACGGAGCACCUGAUUGGCGACGCGGCAAAGAACCAAGUGUCCAUGAAUCCCGUCAACCCCGUGUUUGCGUCUCAUCGGACGACGGUUCUCCGACGCGUGCAGAGCGACAUCAAGCUGUGGCCGUUCAAGGUGAUCGCAGGCGCGGGCGAGAAGCCAAUGAUACAAGUCGAGUACAAGGGCGAGACGAAGCAGUUUGCCGCGGAAGAGAUUUCGUCCAUGGUGCUGACGAAAAUGAAGGAGAUCGCAGAGGCUUACCUUGGGACUACCGUGAAGAAUGCGGUGGUGACGGUUCCAGCUUAUUUCAAUGAUUCUCAGUGCCAGGCGACUAAAGACGCGGGUGCGAUUACUGGGCUGAACGUGAUGCGAAUAAUCAACGAGCUGACUGCAGCUGCUAUCGCGUACGGUCUUGAUAAGAAGAACAGCAACUCAUCGGAGAAAAACGUGCUCAUUUUCGACCUCGGUGGGGGAACCUUUGAUGUGUCACUUCUUUCAAUCGAGGACGGCAUUUUCGAGGUGAAAGCGAUAGCUGGUGACACGCAUCUGGGUGGCGAAGACUUUGACAAUCGCAUAGUGCAACACUUCGUACAGGAGCUCAAGCGAAAGUACAAGAAGGAUCUGAGUAACAACCCGCGGUCUCUUCGCCGACUUCGCACGGCUUGCGAGCGCGCCAAGCGAACCCUCUCAUCCACCGCGCAAACCACCAUCGAGAUCGACUUGCUCUACGAGGGAAUCGAUUUCUACAGCACCAUAACUCGCGCGCGCUUCGAGGAGCUCAACAUGGACAUGUUUCGAAAGUGCAUGGAUCCUGUGGAGAAGUGCCUCAAGGACGCGAAGAUGUCCAAGGCGCAGAUUCACGACGUCGUGCUCGUGGGUGGGUCAACGCGCAUUCCCAAGGUGCAGCAGCUGCUGCAAGAGUAUUUCAACGGCAAGGAGCUUUGCAAGAGCAUCAACCCCGACGAGGCCGUCGCGUAUGGCGCGGCGGUUCAGGCGGCGAUUCUGAGCGGCGAGGGGAACGAGAAGGUGCAGGACCUGCUGCUGCUCGACGUGACGCCGCUGUCGCUUGGGUUGGAGACACAUGGAGGGGUAACGAUGGUGCUGAUUCCUAGGAACUCCACGAUUCCGACGAAGAAGGAGCAGGUGUUCUCGACGUUUUCGGAUAACCAGCCGGGAGUGCUAAUUCAAGUAUACGAAGGUGAGCGCGCCCGGACCAAGGACAACAAUCUACUCGGAAAGUUCGAGCUGUCGGGAAUUCCGCCGGCGCCACGUGGCGCCACGUUCGACAUUGAUGCGAACGGCAUUCUGAACGUGAGCGCGGAGGACAAGACUAGCGGGCAGAAGAACAAGAUCACUAUCACAAAUGAUAAGGGCCGACUGAGCAAGGAGGAAAUCGAGCGGAUGGUGGAGGAAGCAGAGAAGUACAAGGAGGAUGACGAGCAGCACAAGAAGCGGGUUGAGGCGAAGAACGCGCUCGAGAAUUAUUCGUACGGCAUGCAUAACACCGUUCGCGACGACAAGAUCACGGGGAAGCUGUCGCCUGAAGAUAAGAAGGCGAUCGAGAAGGCUGGUGACGAGACGAUUGAUUGGCUGGAUAAGAACCAGCUCGCCGACAUGGACAAAUUCGAGGACAAGCAAAAGGAGCUGGAAGGCAUUUGUAACCCGAUCGUUUCGAAAAUGUAUCAAGCUGGUGCUGGACCAGUGCCAGGAGCGGGAAGAAUGGGGGAUGUGCCUAUGGGGGGUGGUUCUUCGAGCGGAGGUGACGGGCCAAAGAUUGAGGAGGUAGACUAA